AACAGCUAUAGAUUUUACUUUUAGAGUAAAAUAAUUAUCUUAUUUUUGUUAGGUUUUAAGGUAGCUCUCGUAGCAUUUUCUCUUAUUUUAAGUUAGUUUUUUGUGUAUAUUAAAUAACUGUAUAUAAAAACUAAACAGUAUCUGAGUAAACAGCAAAUAAAACUGUGUCUGAGAACAGUUUAAAUAUUACGGGCAACAACAAUUAUUAUAAUAAUACUGAGUGUUAAAAUUUUAACAUGAUGUUGGAAAGAGGCAAUUUUUAACACCGAGUACGAAAAUUUCUGCAGAUGUGCCUUCUGAAAAAAUACAUUUAGUGUAAACCGAGUGCUGUGGUUUGUGUAAACAAUUUUGGAUACAAAAAACAUGUGUGUUGUUUUCGACAAAUGGUUUGGUACGAAUUUUGUUGUUUGUUUUUUAAUAUAAAUAUUAUUUUAACGGAGGACUUAGCAUUUAUUAUAUGUAUUACACAGAAUUUUAUUGUCUUUAGUAUUCACCAGUCGUGAUUUCUUGGAUCGUUAAACAGUUUUUCAUAAAAUAUCAGUGUUGAUUUAUAAUUGUUUAAAUAUUCAAUUUCCAAUCGAUAAUAGCGAUUUAUGAGGAUGGCACUAUUAGGAAGCUUGACCAGAAUGACAGUUGUGUCAUAUUUAAUUUUGACAACAAUUACUGUCAUAAACGGAAGACCAACGCAAAACAAAGGUUCACUUAAUGAAUCGGUUGAAGUGUCUACUCCUUGGCUUUUGUUCCGAACAGGAGUUGCUGAUACUUCUCGUUCAGAUAUUCAAAAACGGAUCAAAAAAUUCCAGUCCCCAUCUCAAAUCCAACAAGUACCCACAGAUCUUCCGUCUUCAUCUGAAACCCAACAAGUAUCGAAGAGAUCUUCAAAAAUCAAAGAGUAUCCAUCAUUACCGGAAGGUCUUCUGAAAUUAAAAGAACAUUCAACAUCGUGCAAUCAAUAUAGUGCAGCUAAAGGUCGUCAGCCAAUUAGGACAAGCACGAUGAUUUAUUAAUUACACGGAGAAAAGCAAAUUAAUCAGACAAUUCAAAUUCAAUUAACAAAUUUCAAUAUAAUUUUCAAUUAUCAUUAAACAUGUUAUCAUACAUUUUGUCUACAAAGAUAAUAAAUCAAAUUGUAAAAAAUGGAAUUGAAAUAAAUGUAUAUCAGACGAUUACAUUGUUCUCUAAUUGUAUUACAGUUUUUAAUAUAUUAAAU